AUGGCUCUUUCUGUGUUCUUAUCUUCCUCUUCUUCUAAAAGAAAACACAUCCUGAAGUUUUUGGAUGCGGAGAAAGACAUCUCGGUGCUGAAGGGAACUCUGAAACCGGGAGACAUCAUCCACUAUGUAUUUGACAGGGACAGCACCAUGAAUGUUUCCCAAAAUCUCUAUGCCCUCUUACCAAGGACAUCCCCGCUGAAGGGCAAGCACUAUCGGACGUGUGCCAUUGUGGGGAAUUCAGGCAUCCUGCUGAACAGCGGCUGCGGCAAGGAAAUUGACGCCCACAGCUUUGUGAUAAGAUGCAAUUUAGCCCCGGUGCAGGAAUAUAUCCAUGACGUUGGAAUGAAGACUGAUCUGGUCACCAUGAACCCUUCCGUCAUCCAGCGUGCCUUCGAGGACCUGGUGAAUGACACUUGGCGGGAGAAGCUGCUCCAGCGCCUUCAUAGCCUCAAUGGCAGCAUCCUUUGGAUCCCGGCAUUCAUGGCCAAAGGGGGCAAGGAACGGGUGGAGUGGGUCAAUGAACUCAUCCUCAAGCAUCAUAUUAACGUCCGCACCGCCUACCCAUCUCUGCGACUGCUGCAUGCUGUGCGAGGGUAUUGGCUGACAAACAAAGUCUACAUCAAGCGCCCAACCACUGGUUUGUUGAUGUACACCCUGGCAACGCGCUUCUGCAACCAGAUUUACCUCUACGGUUUCUGGCCAUUUCCCCAAGGUCCAGACCAAAGCCCCGUUAAGUACCACUACUAUGACAGCCUGAAAUACGGCUACAUGUCCCAGACCAGUCCUCAUACCAUGCCUUUGGAAUUCAAAGCCUUGAAGCUCCUGCACCUCCAAGGAGCCUUAAAACUCACCGUUGGGCCCUGCAACGGAACCACGUAAAAAAGAAACCACUUUCCUGGAGGCUGUGCCCCAUGGGAGGAUUGGGGAGGGGAGGCUGGGAGGAGUGGUAGAUGGAGAGAUGGGUUUUCUUGGUUUGGGAGAUGAGCACAAGCAUGGCUGCGGGGGGGGGCUCUGCGUUGAAGUGGAGCCAGCGUUUGGUGCCAGGGCCAGAAGACCUGUGCGGGAACCCUAAGAGAAGAUGGCCUUUGCCCUUCCCAGGCCUGGAAGCCACUGUGACGUGUAUGGGUACUUUAGUGUGACAACUCAGUGUUAGGCCAGAUGUUGUGCGUGGUCUAGAAUUGGUAGGUAGGGCUCGUUUGGCUAAGAAUGCCGGGCGUUUCCCGGUUUGUGUUGUGUUCUUGGCUUAGUUGGAUAUAGGCGUUAGGGAUUAAUCCUUAGAACUGCUGUUUUUUGAGCAGGGAGGGAAACAGAGCAGAGGCACUGCGGGUCAGUUCUCAGAAAGCUACUGGCCAAGGAGAGGUUUAACCGUGCUGUAUGGAACUUUUUUCAAGCUGGGCCACCAGCUGUGCCCAUUCCGAAAAAGCACCGAGCAACAAAAGCCAACUCAGGAUCCUCAGACACAAAGAGGACUGGAGUUUCUGACAUUUCCACGGGAAGAGAAAAUAUCAGCCCAUUCAUCGGACGGACAGCGUGGCUCAUCAUUUUUUAAUUUUUUAAAUAAAAGAUAAAAGACAGAAGUGGACUUAAAGGGGAGCAUCGUUUUUUUGUUUCCUGCUGUGGUUGGCCUCUUCCUUGGUAGAGAAAGCCCCUUUCAGCGGUAACUAAAUAAGCGAUGCCCGUCAGGAGCAUCCAUCGACAUGGCAUCAAAAGAGACAAGACGCCAUAAUUCUGCAAACAAAAGGCCAGUUCCUUUUUUUUCUUUUAAUAUGCUCUGCCUUGGUGUGCCGUGAAGGAAAGAAUUGACAUUUGGGGUUUUCGAUUUGUAAAAGCAAAUUCGCCGGCUGGAUCUUUUCUUUUUCUUUUUGUUCCAACUGUUUUAUUGUGCUUUAGCAGAUUUGUUAAUAAACCCAGUUUUAAGUCCUUGUA